AAGCCGUCAUAACUUAUCUAAUAAACAUGAUCGAGCUCUUCAUACAUAUCUGUUCACCAAUAGCAAUAUGAUUACAGUAUCGAAACUCGACGUAUACUUGUAACAUGACAAUGAGGAUUUACAUCGUUCUUUCACUCAUUGUUCUAUUCGCAUUGUCUAGUAAGUCACACUUUAUUCCGAAUAUUUUUCAUAGUUAUGCGAAGGAUACAAAUCGGGGGUUCAACAAUGUGCAUAACAAAACGUCGAGCGUCACGGAAACAUUACCGCGAUCCAAUGAGACCACUUUGGCAAAUUUUACAUACACAAUAUACACAAAUGAGUCCCGAUUAAUGUCGCCUAAAAAAGUGGAUUGCUUCGGACUGGGUGAGACGGUCGCAACGGCCCUAGAAUGGUACUUCAGGAGCGAGCCCAACGGAAGUCGCGCGUUAGACAUACAAAUCUUUCUGUCGUCCAGAAAACAACCGCGCCGUGUGCAAGUGGUGCUCGGCGAGCAAUUCGGUCUAGAAUGGACGGAUUUCAAGAUGGAACGACGGACGAUAAUAAUAGUGCAUGGUUUCCUGUCGCAGGGUGAUGCUGAAUGGGUCAAGGAUAUGGAGAAGGCGUUCCUUCAAUGGAAUGACGUAAACGUGAUAGUAAUAGAUUGGAGUGCUGGUAGUAACACGUGGAAUUAUUACAAAGCGGCGGUUAACACCAGAAUAGUAGGAUAUCGUAUUUCAAAACUUAUAGAACACUUAGUGAACACCACGAUCAACGAAAAAGGGCCAGACACAAGUAAUUGGGGCUCUUUGCAUCUAAUAGGACACAGUCUCGGUGCUCACAUUUGCGGAUUUGCUGCGAAGGAAUUGAAAAAACGGCAUAGCAAAUGGCUUGUGCAAAGAAUCACUGGAUUAGAUCCAGCUCAACCCUGCUUUCGGAAUAGCGACUCGUCAAUUCAUCUGUACAGGAAUGAUGCUCUAUUCGUUGAUGUAAUACAUACAAACGGUAGAUUUUUAACGAGUUUAGGACUUGGUUUUCCUGAACCUAUAGGCCAUAUUGAUUUCUACUUAAACGGUGGUAAAACGCAACCUGGUUGCAAGAAAAACGAAACUUCGUAUAUACAAUAUUUACCAAUACCUUUAAACAUGAUACAACAGGCGAUAUGCAGUCACGGACGUUCCUACGAAUAUUUCACAGAAUCAUUGCUGCUCGCGAUUACACGCAAUUGCACUUUUUGGGGACGUCGUUGGAACUUGACGUACAGACAUUUGUUGCAAACAAUCGUGAAUCCGUGCGACAAUGUCUGCACAGAAAUGGGUAUUCGAGCCGAGCUUUAUGACGAACGCGGAACGUUUUACGUGGCUACCGACAGUAGCAGUCCGUUUUGUAUUAACAACACUAAUAUCAUCGAGGAAGUAAGAAUGCAAUUGGAACAGGAUCAUUAUGAUGAAACCAAAGAUUAAAAAGAUUUGUAGUCACACCAUUAAUUAGACAAGUUAUUAUAUUUGUAAAUAAAUGCACUUCAAUUUUU